UUUCUGCUGGCCUUUCUGUGGCUCUCCCGCACUGUCUUUCUAUGCGACCAUGAAGGAUAGGCGGGACUGACCCUGAAGCUCCUAUCAGCCAGAAUGGACCUUCCUGGUUAUCACCCCCAGCAGCCCCAGCCUCUUGUCCACCAUCCUGGCAGCUACCCAGAGGAUCUGUUAACUUUGGAUGGAUCGUCAACAUCUCAGGAGUUAAAGAUAGAGCCAGAUGGCAGACCAGAGUCAGAGGAGAGCUGUCCCAUCUGUGGAGACAAAGUGUCAGGAUAUCACUACGGGCUUCUCACUUGUGAAAGCUGCAAGGGCUUCUUUAAACGCUCAGUUCAAAAUAACAAGCAUUACACCUGUGCAGAACAACAGAGCUGCCCCAUGAACCUUUCACAGAGGAAACGUUGUCCUUCCUGCCGCUUUCAAAAGUGUUUGGCAGUAGGCAUGAAGAGAGAAGCAGUAAGAGCAGAUCGUAUGAGAGGUGGUCGGAAUAAAUUUGGCCCUUUGUACCGACGGGACAGGCAGAUGAAACAGCAAAAAGUGUGUCACCAGGCAAACACUGCUCCCUACAGGAUCAAGAUGGAAACUACCCAAAUUCACCAGCCCACAGCUCCAAAUGACCUUCACCUAAUGAGCACUCACACAAGUGAACCAUUGUCCUCUGAGGCUUUUCAUCAGUCCCACAUUUAUCCCUCUGGCACUGGACAGUCGGGUGUGCCCAUGCCUCUGGACUGCACUAUGAAUGCAGACAGGGUGCUCACUCCCCCAUCUCUGCCCUACCCUGGACUAUACCAUCGCACCUUCCCUGGAUACCUCCAGGAGAAAGGAGAAAUGUCUUUUAGCUACAGCCUAGCUGCAACAAACCAUCCAUUGCACCCAACUCCAAACAAUUUAUUCACAUCAAGAAGCACACCGGCAUCAUCCCUCUGCCCAACACCAGGCUCAACCACCCCUCUCUUCCAGCCUCCCACCCAAACCCCAGACACCCCCUCAUCGGCCACUCCUACACCCAACUUCUUAAGCCAGCUCCUGGAAGGGGAGCAGGAUGAGAGCCAGCUGUGUAACAAGGUUGUCGCAAGUCUGCAGAGGGAACAAGCCAACCGUGGGAAACAUGACUGCCUAAAUACAUUCAGCAUCAUGUGUAAAAUGGCUGAUCAGACACUUUUUGGGCUUGUGGAGUGGGCCAGGAACAGUACACUCUUCAAGGAGCUCAAGGUGGAGGACCAGAUGGUGCUGCUGCAGAGCUGUUGGAGUGAGCUGCUGGUCCUGGAUCACCUCUGUAGACAGGUGACCUAUGGCAAAGAGGGCUGCAUAUAUCUGGUCACAGGACAACAGAUUGAAGUGUCGACCAUAAUCUCUCAGGCAGGAGUGACACUGAGUGGUCUGGUAUCAAGGACCCAAGACCUGGUGUCCAAACUGAAGGCACUCCAGUUAGACAGACAUGAGUUUGUUUGUCUCAAAUACUUGGUGCUAUUCAACCCUGAUGUGAAGUCAGUGCAGAGCCGCAGGCAGGUGGAGCACACUCAAGAGAGGGUUAACAGGGCGCUGAUGGAGCACACCCAACAGAGUCAUCCAGGACACUCAGACAAGUUCGGCCAGCUGUUGCUCCGCCUGCCUGAAGUACGCAGCAUUAGUUUGCAGGUUGAGGAGUACUUGUACCAGCGCCAUCUUCUGGGAGAUUUGCCCUGCAACUCUCUACUCACUGAGAUGCUGCACACCAAGCACAGCUAAAAUAUGCUUCUGUAUGGUGACACAAUUUGCUGCUGUAAAUCUUUGUACUCCUCAGACCCAAUAAUGUUUUUUACAUUUGAUGAUUGUUGCAAACAGUAAACCGGCAGGAUCUCUUUAAGAGUCCUUACAGCUUCAACUGCAGAGGUGGGGGGAAAAUAUGUGAUGAUCAGAAACCAUGGGCCAUAUGUAAACAUCCAUUAUUAACAGUAUUACCACAGCCAAACAGCCCAGUAAUUUUUUUUCUGUCAGUAUUAUUGGACAGAUUUGAGAUCCAAGCACUACCAUGAUGUUUUUUUUUAUUAAGUUGAAAGAGCUUAUUGAGUGAAGAAAAAGAUAAAUACAUCAUUGAAUAAAGAAAUCUGCUUUUUGGA